AUGGGGUCCAAAAGCGCUUCAGUUGAUAUCGAGAGCGGCAACUACAACACGUACGAGUACAGUGUGAAGCGCAGUGCUUCACGGGCGCUCGGACACGCUGACCUCGAGGAAUAUGACGUCGGGGUGACCGUUGCAGCUUGCAUGGAGCGCAUCCGCUUGGACUUUCUGCGAAAGGUGUAUACAGUGCUCGCAGCCCAGCUCGGGUUUACUGCGGUGCUCUCGGGCGCGUUCAUGAUCAGUGGGAGCCUCAAUCAAUGGGUAAUUUCUGCAUCUUCCUGGCUGAUUUGGGUGUGCUUCUUGGGCACACUGGGGGCGCUGGUGGGUCUGUUCUGGGCUCGCUCGCGGCCAAAGUGGAGUCUCCCAGCGCUGAGCGUCUUCACGUUCUUCGAGGCUCUGUCAGUUGCGAUGAUCUGCGCUAUAUACGCCGCUUCAGGGUUUGGUUUCAUCGUCUUUGAGGCUUGUUUCUUGACAGCGCUUGUUUUUGGCGGACUGACGAUUUACUGUUGGCGCUCGCAGCGCGACUUCAGCUUCCUCGGAGGGUUCCUAGGCGCAGCACUGCUCGUCGUGUUGGGGGCAGCAGUCCUGAAUGCGGUACUGGGAUGGAUGGGGCAUUUUUCGACAACGUUCUCCUUCGUCCUGAGCGUGGUGUCCGCACUCGUUUUCUGUGGCUAUAUUCUCUUCGACACCAGUCUGAUCAUUCAUCACCUUGGCCCGGACGAUUGGUCGAUUGCCUGCGUCUCUCUCUAUCUUGAUGUGUUGAACCUGUUUUUGAAUCUGCUGCAGAUUUUAACACGUAUCCAAGCAAGCAGCGACAAUUAG